AUGGCACCCGAGAGACAAGCCACCUGGACCUCGUCCACCGAGACGUUCACCGACGACCUGGAAGACGUCUGUUUGAACGAGGACACGAAGACGGCCCCUGUUCCACUCCCGCCCGGCGAUCGUCCCGAAGUCCUGAACAACGUUUUCCACGAGCUGUUGUUCGUGGCGGUCAUUGCCUUCGCAACCGCCUCGUCCGUCUUUCUGCAGAGGUCGAUCGUCGUUAUUGCCGCAGACAUAACCAGUGGCCUCAAGCUGAGCCCAGCGGAGAUGGCUUGGGUGACGGGGUCUUCCGGACUGACAACCGGAGCUUUCUUGAUACCUUUUGGACACCUUGCCGACAUAUGUCCCGUGCUGUCCCGCAAAUACUUGCUCAUUCUCAGUUUGACCGCCUUCUCUUUGAUCGUGGCAUUCAGCUCCUUUGCCAAGAAUGGCAUCGUAAUCGACAUCAUGUCCGGCUUGGCCGGUGUCGCUUCCGCUGCCACGAUUCCGAUUGCUGUUGGGCUCUUGAGCCUGGUAUACCCCGUUCCAUCCCGUCGCAAGAACAUCGUGUUUUCUUCAUUCCUCAUGGGCAAUCCGGCAGCCACCAUCAUUGGAGGUCUGGGCACUGGUGCGCUGGCAUCCACUUUUAACUGGAAAGCGACCUUCAUCUUCCUGGGCAUCCUGUACGCUCUGAUCACAGUGCUUAGCUGGGUGGUUGUCCCCAAUGUCUCCGAGUCACGAGCUACACCGAAACCCAAGGACGUACCGCAGUCCGAUAUCAUAGACUCUUUGGUCCUUGUCUCACGGGACAGUCCAGGAUUCGGGGCCGUUUUCCAGAGAUUUGACUGGCUCGGUCUGUUCCUUCUUCUUACUGGUUUUGUCAUGUUCACUGUAGCCUUGACCAUUGGGCCAGAAGGCACACAGCCUUGGAAGACGCCGGCUGUGAUCUUACUUCUGACGCUCGGUCUGCUUUUUCUCGGCUGCUUCGUCAUGUGGGAGAACUCGACCCGGACACCAAUGGUGCCGCCAGCGGUUUGGGAAAACGGCAAGGUUAUUCUGAUAAAUUUGUCGGCGCUGACUUCUGCAAUGGCCUAUUAUUCAGCUGUUUUCUGGAUUUCAAUGUUCCUGCAGAAAGCUCAGAACAUGCAGCCUUUCGACGUUGCAGUGCGGCUUCUACCACAAGCUUUGAUGGGACUUUUCUUCAGUCCAUUAGUCGGGCUCAUCAUGCAUCGUGUUUCCGGCACUGUUUUGCUAGUGAUUGCUGCUUUUUGUUCUGUCCUUAGUAACUUUCUUCUUAUCUUCUUGAAUCAGCAAAGCAACUACUUCGCAUUUAUAUUUCCAUCCCUUCUCUUGAGUACCGUUGGCAUGGAUUGGACAAUGAACGUUGGAUCGUUAUAUACUCUGGCAGCACUCCCACUUGAACAUCAUUCAAUUGGCGCUUCCCUGUUGCAAACUACCACGCGACUUGGUGUGCCUCUGGGCAUGGCGGUAACGACGGCAGUUUGGUCAUCAUUUUCAAACAAAGGUUUGGAUGCGUCAAUACCAUACUCCAGGACAUUCGUCACGACUGCCGCUUUCGCCAGCUUCUCCCUGCUACUGGCUCCAUUCAUUCGUAUUGGCCGUCAAGGCCAUAGCCAUUCCAGGGAACUUGAGACUCAAAAAGUCAAAAAAGACGAACAAGACGAACGCAGACCAAGUAAACGAUGGUCAAUCGUCGAGUCUAUCUCCAAUAAGUCCUCAGUGACAAGCCCCAAAGCUGAGUACCAAGUUAGGUCUUCGUCAGUGAAUUCGGAGACCUCAACACUGCCCUCGUCGAUAGAAAGAGACCGCAACUCGUCUCGAGACGCCUCCCAGUCAGACUUCAGCCAGAAACCCAAAAUCGUGUGGGUGGUGUGCGAGCAGUGCAACGCCAGCAAAAGGGUCACGGAACCAAUUGGCGACCCAGCGAAAUAUUUCGACGAUAUUUGCGGCACACUUGAAAAACCGAACCACGAUAUGAUUGUCAAUGGACGAAGACGGUUCCCAUUGGCGGUGAAGAACCCAGGCACGAAUCGCUAG